CGUGCUUUGAGCCUGCCCGAAAAUGCUCUCCCGUGUUGUUGGAUUUCGAAAGAUCACAGGACUUUGCGAUGAAAUAAUACAUUUUUACCGGUGAAGAAAACACAAACAAACCGCAUGUUUUUAAACUGAAGUUAUUCGGGUUCCCGUUAAGUGGCGAAACGGUGUUUUUGGGAGACUCCAACGGGAAGUUUGUGUGAUCGUUUUUCCCGGAGUGAUGUCGAAUCCUGGGACUCGGAGGAACGGGUCCAGCAUCAAAAUCCGACUGACAGUAUUAUGUGCCAAGAACCUCGCAAAGAAAGACUUCUUUCGCCUGCCAGAUCCAUUUGCCAAGGUUGUGGUGGACGGAUCAGGUCAAUGCCACUCAACAGACACAGUCAAGAGCACACUGGACCCCAAAUGGAAUCAGCACUAUGACCUCUACAUUGGAAAGACAGACUCCAUCACCAUCAGUAUAUGGAACCACAAGAAGAUCCAUAAACGACAGGGGGCGGGCUUCCUGGGCUGCAUACGACUGCUUUCCAAUGCCAUCAGCAGGCUAAAAGACACAGGAUACCAGCGACUGGAUCUAUGUAAGCUGAACCCGUCGGACAGCGACGCAGUGCGGGGGCAGAUAGUAGUGAGCUUACAGACGCGAGACCGCAUUGGCAGCGGAGGCCCCGUGGUGGACUGCAGAGGACUGUUGGAAAAUGAUGGACCUGUGUUUGAGGGAUGCUUCAGUGAAGAGCCACUUCCCUACUCCGACCCAACUGGCGCGGCGGGGGGCGGGAACUGUCGACUCGACUCGCCCAGUCAGGAGGGCCGCCUACAGACGCAGCGAAUCAGAGGGCAGGACUCGAGAGGCCACGGCCACACCCCUCAGAACAGACCUCACGGGCACCAACCGCCUGACCUGCCAGAGGGCUAUGAGCAACGAACAACAGUGCAGGGCCAGGUGUACUUCCUUCACACACAGACGGGAGUCAGCACUUGGCACGACCCUCGGAUACCGCGGGACCUGGCCAGCGUGAGCUGUGAGGAGCUUGGGCCGUUGCCAGUGGGCUGGGAGGUCCGAAGCACCGUGUCGGGCCGAAUCUACUUUGUGGACCACAACAACCGAACGACACAGUUCACAGACCCGCGCCUACACACCAUUAUCAGCCAGCAAUCCCAAGCGAAGGAAUCCUCACAAGCCCCCCAGAUGGAUGUGGGGGGUGAGGAAGGGGGUAAUGGAGGAGUGGGCGGAGGAGGAGGAGGAGUCGACGGAGACGUGGCGGCACGCUACGAGCGAGACUUGGUCCAUAAGUUGAAGCUGCUCCGACACGAGCUGUCCUUGCAGCAGCCUCAAGCAGGACACUGUCGCAUCGAGGUGUCCCGAGAGGAGAUCUUUGAGGAGUCAUAUCGGCAGAUAAUGAAGAUGAGGCCCAAAGACCUAAAGAAGCGUCUGAUGGUGAAGUUCAGGGGAGAGGAGGGCCUAGACUACGGUGGGGUGGCCAGGGAGUGGCUGUACCUGCUGUGUCAUGAAAUGUUGAACCCCUAUUACGGCCUGUUCCAGUACUCCACAGACAAUAUCUACACACUACAGAUCAACCCCGACUCCUCCAUUAACCCUGACCACCUGUCAUAUUUCCACUUCGUGGGUCGUGUGAUGGGCCUGGCAGUUUUUCACGGUCACUACAUCAAUGGGAGCUUCACGCUUCCUUUCUACAAACAGCUGCUAGGCAAACCAAUCCAGCUCAACGACCUGGAGACCACCGACCCGGAGUUGCACAAGAGUCUCGUCUGGAUAUUAGAGAACGACAUCACCUCAGUCCUCGACCACACGUUCUGCGUGGAGCACAACGCCUUUGGGAAGUUCUUACAACAUGAACUCAAACCUAAUGGCCGCAAUAUUCCCGUCACUGAGGAGAACAAGAAGGAAUAUGUAAGACUUUAUGUGAACUGGAGGUUUAUGCGUGGAAUUGAAGCCCAGUUUCUGGCUCUACAGAAGGGAUUCAGUGAGCUCAUCCCCCAGCACCUCCUCAAACCUUUCGACCAUAAAGAACUUGAGUUGAUCAUCGGUGGACUGGGUAAGAUCGAUCUCGCGGACUGGAAGACGAACACCCGCCUGAAGCACUGCACAAGUGAAAGCAACGUGGUGCGGUGGUUCUGGCAGGCGGUGGAGGCCUUCAGUGAAGAGAGGAGAGGACGCCUCCUGCAGUUUGUCACGGGCUCCACCAGGGUCCCAUUACAAGGCUUCAAGGCGCUGCAGGGUUCUACAGGUUCUGCAGGACCAAGGCUCUUUACCAUCCAUUUGAUAGACGCCAACACAGACAACCUUCCCAAGGCUCACACAUGUUUUAACCGGAUAGACAUCCCUCCCUAUGAGUCUUACGAGAAACUCUACGAGAAACUGCUGACGGCUGUGGAGGAGACCUGUGGCUUCGCUGUGGAGUGAUGAAUCCACAACCAAAAAACCAACAUACACACAGUCACACUUGCGCUUGCACUUGCACACAAACUAUUUGACAUUUGACAUCUAUAUACACAGACAUCAACAGAAUAUCAAGUAUACGCGGAGUAUACGGAGCGGCCAAGCAUCACAAGAACACAAGGUCUCUCGCCACCUCUUCGCCACCGAACUGUUGGGGGUUAAAGGAGGAAGCACAGUGGGAGAGGAAAAGAUAAAAAACAAAAGCAAAAAAAAAAACAAAA